AUGAAAAACUGGGUCAGAGAAUGCCUUCCAUGUCAGACGUCAAAAAUAACAAGGCACGUAGAGAGCGGAAUAGGCAAGUUCCACACAACACACCACCAACUCACCCACAUCCACGUAGACAUAGUGGGACCUCUACCCCACCUCCAAGGGUACAAAUACCUGUUCACCAUCAUUGAUAGAAAUAGCAGGUGGUCCAUAGCAAUAUCAAUAAAGCAACAAAUAGUGGAGAGUUGUGUGAAAGCUCUCAUCAGAUGGGUCAGCAGGUACGGAGUCCCGCAGAUCAUCACAAGCAACGGGGGGCCAACUUCACAUCCACCAUAUAGAACGCCCUCACAGACAGCUUGCUUGGGGACAAAGAUACUCUCCCCACGGCCCACAACCCAGAAGCUAACACCAUCAACACAGGCUACACCAGUUGGUGAAAGAAUCAUUCACUGCCAGAUGUCAAGCCUACUUAAUGACAUGACAGAAUUUCGUUACCAUUUACGGAUUACUACUACUACUACUACUACUACUACUACUACUACUACUACUACUACUACUACUACUACUACUACUACAAAAUCCUACAUAUUAUAA